AUGUUGCUGCUGGCUGCCUUUGUCACUCUACUGGCUCCCACCGCCCAAGGCUUACCCGUGACCGAUGACGCCAUGGCCACACUGCUGGGAUCAAACAGCACCCACUUUGUGCGCGAGAUUUACGGACAGCGGCACGCCAUCUUCCCUGCUCCGCUCGCGCCCGCGGCCAACUGGCUUGCUCGCGAUCCGCUCUUAGAUUCGUUCAAGGCCGGGGCCGAUCUCAACCGAACGCUGGCCACACUGGUCAACCUUUACGGACGCAGCCAAGAUGCGAUCGCCUUUCGUGACCGUCACGCUGCCGAUGUACCACUUGAUACGCUUUUGGAGCGCGUGUCCUUGGAAUACCUCUACGACUACCUCGUCCAGCACAGCUAUUCGGUGGUGAUCCGUGAAGAGUAUUUUCCCGGGUACACCCAAACAAGCCUCGAAGAGCUGAUUCAGACGGCUUUUGGCACCUCGACCGUCACCUCGCAUGUGUAUCUCUCGGGCAGCGAGGCCCAUGCUCUCAACCCUCACACCGAUCCUUACGACGUAUUGGUCCUGCACCUGCAUGGCCAGAAGCAUUGGACCGUCUGUCAUCCGUUGGAUUCCAGCACCGAGUGGGCCGAUGCGUCCCAAGCUCAGCUGGCCCAGCUCUUUGAGAUGCAGCGCAAGAGUGUCGACGGCUGCACAAAUUUUGACAUUGCAGAGACGGACAAGAUGCGCUGCGAGCAUUUUACCCUCAGUCCAGGCGAUGUACUCUACCUGCCAAAGUCCACCAUCCACUUUGCCACAACAUCGCCCAACACAACUACCGCGCAUAUCACCUUGUCCCUGGAGCGACAGGGCCAAUCUUGGAUUGAUCUCGUCCGCCGUGCAUGUGCGGUUCUUGACAACCAGGCUUGUACCGUUAUCGAGAGUACCCUUGCCUCGCUUGAAACUUCACCCUCUGGCCUUCGCUGGCUUGAGCUGGCCACGUUUCCUACGGACGAGCCGUGUCAGAUGGCCCAAAAGCGUCUUCUUGGUUUCGAAAAGGACUCUCUGCGUACGCUCGUGGCCCAGGACCCACAACUUGAUUUCACCUACGUGACCUCCAAGGAUGUCUUGGCUACCCUCCAGCGCUUGGCUAGCUGUACCGCCUCUUUGGGUUGGGAUUCACGGGAACGCGAAGUGACUUUUGAGGGCCUUCUCACCAACCCAGUAACCCAUUACGAUGUACGCUCCCUCCCAUGCUUGUGUUCGUCUCGGCGGCUUUUCAUCUGCAUACUCACAAUUAACCCCUCCGUAGAUUGUCGAACGUCACCGCCGCUCGGCUCCCUGGACGGCACCCGGCAAUUCUCGUGGCGGCUCUUGCAAUGGUUGUGUCUAUUACGAGUGCACAACUCGGGCAAGACGCGAUGCAACUCCUGCAAUUGCCGCGCUGGCCACUACUUUCAGGGGGGUAACAGUCUCAACAUUGCCACCAGCGGGUGCCGAGUCAGCAGCGCUGUGCUCACGUACAGCAAUUCAGAGCGACGCUAUCCCGUUAUCGCAACGUUUGCCUGUGUUGCGGGAUUCGAGCAGACCGGUGGGGAUGCAAGUCGCUCGUGCACACCGGCGCUGACCUGGGCAGGAGCAGAAAUCAUUUGCACCCGUGUCUCUUGUGGGGACCUGCCCGCGCUCAGCAAUGGCUUUGUGGACACGAGCGGUGGCGUUGAUUUUGAGAGCGUGGCCACGUUUUCUUGCGAUGAGGGUUAUACCCGAAGCGGCCCGGCGAGCCGCACCUGCCAAGCCAGCGGCGAAUGGUCCGGCUCCGCGCCCAUGUGCGUGGCCUUACCUUGCCCAUCCCUGCCCGUGUUUGCUCAUGGGUCGGCGACUAGCUCGAGCAGCAACCCGAUCGUGGGUGCGACCCUCACUUACGCAUGUGAUGCCGGCUACACUCUUUCGGGCAAUACCGAGGCCACAUGCAUUUGGUCUGGCUCCGCCAUGAUGUGGAAUAAUGAGGCACCAACCUGCACCGCAAUUCCGUGUGACCCUCUCGUGGCACCAGCAAAUGGUGAAUUGGACGUGUCAAACAACGGCAACUUUCCCGCCACUGCAAACUACAAUUGCCAAGCCGGUUACACGCUGACAGCGGAUGGCACGCGCACCUGCCAGACAGAUGGCACAUGGAGCGGGUCUGUGCCAGCCUGUACUGGUGUGCCAUGUGAAACUCUCACGGCACCGCCGUAUGGUGCCGUGAGCAGCACUCACAAUUGGUUUCCUAGCACGGUCACCUUCGCUUGUUUUGAUGGCUAUGAAUUGGCUGGAGUAAGCUCUUUGGAGUGUCGAUCAGACGGGAGUUGGAGUGACAGCGCACCCACCUGCAAACCAUGCGCCGUCAACAUGUUCCGCAAUACCUCCACCUCAGGCCCUCAGUGCGAGUCCUGCCCAGCGUUUAGCUCAACUGACGGCCUCACGGCACGUGUCACGUGCGCCUGUAAUGCUGGCUUUGGUGGUGUGGCUGGCUCAUGUCAAGCUUGCCCUGUAAACACCUCAAAGAGCACAGUUGACAAUGCACCCUGCACUGCUUGUGCGCCAGGAUACAUGACCUCUGGCACCAACGCUGAGACAUGUGAUGGUGUUCCUUGUGCCAUGGUCCCCAGUAUUGCCUACGGAUCGUUCAUUUCCACAAACAACAAUCGCUAUCCCUCGACUGGCACUUUCAGUUGCGAGACUGGGUUUGCGCUCGCCAACGAUGACAAUGGGGUGCGCACCUGUCAGAUUGAUGGAUCGUGGUCCGCCGAAGCCGCCAGCUGCAGUCCCGUGUGUGGCGACGGUAUUCGAGUGUUUGGGGAAGAGUGCGACGAUGGCGCCAACAACGGGAACGACGGCUGUGCAGACAACUGCACAAUCACGCCUGGCUAUUACUGCCAUACAGAGGGCGAACCCUGCUCAGUUUGCUCCAUCAACACUCCACCUUCCGAUCUCACAGUUGAUUGUGCUGAUUACGCCGUCGAUUUGGCGGUGUGGCGCGCAAACAACCUCGGUGCGGUGGCUGACACGCACACCAACUGUGGAGCUCCGACUUUUACCACGACAGCCCUCAAUGUAACUGGCCCUGACCCAGGGUGCAGCGCCCAUCUCUUCCGGGUGGAUGUUACCUUUGCCAAGGGAGGCUCUGACUUUUCGCUGGCCAACCUUCGAACGUCAGAUACGGUGCCGCCAGUGUUCACGGCAGUACCCGAUGGAGGCCUCACAUAUCAAUGCCACGAAUUGCCAUCGGCCAGCAGCGGUAUUUCCGCCACCGACACAUGUGCGGCCUUUGUCAACAUCACGAGCCGCGAUGAAACUAUCGCCGGGGCCUGCGCAAACAACUACACACUGCAGCGAACGUGGACGGCUGUGGAUGGAUGCCAAAAUGCGGUGUCCGUCACCCGCAACUAUACGGCCAUUGAUACGACAGCACCCACAUUUGAGGUCCCGCCACAGAAUCUGUAUCUCGAAUGUGACGGCACGCCGCAGGACGCGGCCAUUCAGGCCUGGCUUGAUAACAAUGGUGGGGCCACCAUCCGGGACGCGUGCACUGGGCCCGUAACCGUCACGCACAAUUUUGCCGAGGUUGCCCACGGUCUUGUGGCUGGCUGCGCGGGUGUUGUUGGGAACGCAACAGUCACAUUUCAGGCGGUCGAUGACUGCGGUAACAUGGACCAGGCCAAUGCCACAAUUGUGCGCCGCGACACAACACCGCCCGUGUUUGUUGAAUUCCCCGAUAACGUUACCGUUUCGUGCAGCGCAGCCGAGCCCACCAAUUUUACCGUCGCUGUCACCGACAUUUGCACAGGGAAUGCAACCGUGGUGCUUGCUCAGACUUGGACCGAGCCCAGCGCAACCUGUGGUCACGCAUACACGGUGUUUCGCACCUGGACGGCCUCGGAUGUCUGCGGCAACAAGCUGAACCUCACACAUACCGUGAACGUUGUCGACGAGACGGCCCCCACGCUGCCCAGCGGCGUACCCACCACGGUCCUUGAGUGCAACGCUGACUCAACUCGAGAUGACGUCACAGCCCUUUUGGAAGCGCAUGUCAACAUUUCAGCAGCCGAUGCGUGUGGUGGUAAUGCCAUCACCUGGUCCUUUGAUGCUCUCAACCUGUCUUCGACCCUGACCGGCAACUACUCAGCCCAGCUUUACGCACAUGAUGACUGCGCCAAUGUGUUGCCUGUGGCGGCCCCGAUCAGUAUUGUGGAUACCCAACCGCCGGUGCUCUCCAAUCUCUCCGUGGCCAUGGCCUAUGAGUGCGAUGCAGUCCCGCAGACAGAAGACGUUGUCGUCCGUGAUGCCUGUGAUACCAAUGUGCAAGUGGUUUUUGGGGACAACAUCACCCAGGGCCAAUGCCCUCAAAGCUACACCCUGGCCCGCACGAUCUGGGCCACGGACAAUGCUGGGUGGCAAGACAACUUUACGCAAUUCUUGACCGUGGUUGAUACCACAGCACCACAGUGGGUUGCCCCACCGGCCGACGUUGUGUUUGAGUGCGAUGGUGCAGGCAAUACCGCCAACGUGACGUGGUGGUUGGAAUCCUUUGGCAAUGGCACGGCCCAGGAUGCCUGCUCAAGCAACGUGACCUGGCAAUCAAACGGCGCCAACGCCACCUGGUCCCAAGGCUGUGGUCAGACGCUGGCAACCUCAGUUCAAUUUAGCGUGCAGGAUGAGUGUGGCAAUGUUCGGACGCACACCGCGUCUUUUGCUGCUCUCGACACCCAACCCCCCGUGCUGUACUGGGCCAACACCACCGUUGCGCCUGUGUCGACUGCAGCCCCUGCCUCGAUCACGGGCGCAAGCACGUCAAAUACGAGCUCGAGCGCGUCGACCACGACUGGGCCGGCCGCCACCUCAGCACCGGCUGGCGAUGAGCCAGUGUACUUGGUCGGCCCACCGCCCAACAUGACUCUGGAAUGCAUCGGUCGGGCUGGCCUUGAGCCCACGCGCCCUGAUCCGUAUAUGGUGAUGGCACGGGAUGUGUGCUCGGGUUCAGAAUAUGACGUUGCCUACGAGGAGACGCGACAUGAUGGACACUGCAUGGGCCUCGUGCGCUACGUGCGGGCGUGGACCGCGGUGGACAGCUGCUCAAACGCUGGCACCAUGUAUCAAACCGUUGCCAUCCAGGAUACCACCCCUCCUCAAGUGCAGAGCCCGCCCCAGGAUCUCCAAUUGGAGUGUGAUCGCGAAAGCUCUGCUGGCCAGCUGCAGCAGUGGCUCGACGCAGCCGGCUACGGGAUAGCCGAGGACACGUGCUCGGACGUCACUUGGAGCCACAACCUGACAGAUCCAAUGACUACAUUCCACGCAUGUGAAGGGAUGAACAGCAUGGUCGUGCGCUUUACCGUGACUGAUGACUGCGGGAAUGCCGCCCAUGCUUUUGCCACAGUGAAUGUGGUCGACACGCAAGCGCCCAUCAUUACGGCCAUGCCCCCCGCGCACACCAUCGAGUGUGACUUGGCUAGCCAGGAUGCACAAAUUGAAGCCUGGCUGCUCCAAUCUGGUAACGCUCUGGCUGUCGACGGAUGCAGUGAUACGCUCUCACGCAACUAUACCUCCAGUCAGCAAACCAUGUGCGCCAAUACCAAGGUUGUGACGGCCAAUUUCAGCUUUACGGACACCUGUGGCUGGCAAGCCAGCGCCUUGGGUACUUUGAGCGUGCAAGACACGGUACCGCCCACCAUCAUCCUACGCGGAUCAAAUGCCACCACCUCGGAAGCUGGUUUUGCGUGGCUUGAUCCGGGAGUGGAAGCGGCGUUUGAUACAUGCCAGGGCGCCAUCAACAUUAGCAUCGUGCAACGUCAGCACAAUGUUAACAUCUCCACUCUAGGAGAGCAGGCGAUCGAGUACGCAGUGGCCGAUGACUGCCAAAACACAGGCAGUAUCGUGCGACUCGUGACCGUGCAGGACACCCUGAGCCCGGUGGUGCGUGUGCAACACAUUAUAACCCGCCGCAUCCGUCGCGGCGCAAAGUUUUAUCCUUCGGCCGACGUCACAGCCGAGGACUGGCUGGAAGGAUCUAUCACAAACUUUUCAUUUGUCCCACCCGUGGAGGAACUUAGCGCGUCAGCAAGUGGCAUGUACGUGCUGUCCUACGCUGCGUCGGAUAGCUCGGGCAACAUGGCCGUUGCUCCGGGCGAACGGGUCAUUGUUGUCGACGCUGAGACCGAGGCCAAUGUCUCGGAGAGCUCGCGUGUAACGUUGACCUUUGACACACGACUGGCCACGCUGGCAGUGCCGGCCAGGGCUGUUGCCGUCUCGCUGUAUGUCAUCCUUCAAGCAAACGGCGAUGAAGCAUCCAGCGCUCGCCAGCUACUGACACAGGCCUAUGAACGUCGGCUGGCCGUUUAUCGCGAGCCGCUUUGCUGGGCUCAUCAGGCAUCGUUUGUGCUCUGCCGCUUGGACAUGGUGGAGGCUGCACAGCGACAUCUGGAGGCUCUGCUCACACUUGAAGGCUUGGUGGCCAUUGCACCUUUUGGCGUCGAUGUUCUCGCGUAUGAAAUUGCCGUCGCCGGCUCGACACUGGCCGUGCAGCAAGACUACUUUAUGCGAAUUGGUGCCAUUGAUGCCGCGCUCAUUGCGUGUGAAAGCACGAGCUGCCGCUAUCAUGUUGAGCGUUCGCAAGUCGUCCAGGCUGCCGCGCAAGAAGCCGCUUUUCCUCGCGCCGUCUUACAGCUCCGUGCCCUUUCUUCGUGGAAAGAUGCCGACAAUGUUGAGCAAGAUCUCUUGGCAUUGGGCCUGUUCCCGCUAUUCGUGCACGCCACGGAUGCUGCAUCGACCUUUGAGGCCAUGGUCCUGGGCGUACCCGAGCAGGAUGCCUUGAUCAGCCUUUUGCAGGAACGAAACUUGGAAUUGAGCGAAAACGCGGACGUGGCUAGCAAUGUCGUGUUUGCCAGUGGCCUGCGUUUUACGCUCAAUACCUCGGAGGCCCCAACCGUGAUGGAACUGCUCCACGGCUGUGGCUUGGCAGGUUAUUCUAUCGUCAACAGCACGCAUAACAAUGCGACAGGGACGCUGGACGUCGUUGUCCGAGUACCCGGCGUUCUGCAUUCGGCUAUGCUUGCCACCCUGCAGGCCCAAGCAGGUGUGCUGUUCGUGUCAGACCCAUGGGCAGUGCGGCAAGCUCCCAUCCAGGAAGAUGAGUUUCCGUUUGCUUGGCAAUGGGACCUUGACCUGGAUCGUCUACCAACGACAUCGACGACUCGCUCCACAAGCGCCACUGUCACCUCUGAAAGUGACUCGGCCUCCUCCUCUGCCAGCCCCCUGCGGCGUCGCGAUGUGGAUUCAAACAGCUCGGCCGAUGUAGAUGGUGUACCGAUGACGGCUGAAGAGUAUAUUUCCGCGAUCCUCGACGACCUCAAUGCGACGUCCAAAACAGAGUUUGCUUGUGAGGGCUUUUCUGCCGCCCUUUGGAGCUGCACGCUUCGGACGGCAGCCCAUUGGUAUCCAGAUACUGUGACAACUCUGCUGUCCACCUAUCCGGGCGUUGCGUCUAUCAUGGUUGCCAACGACACAAGCAUGGUGGGCUCACUACAAGAUGCGGUAGAGGACUGGAUUUAUGAAACCCUUGGUCAAGACGGAGCCCCAAGCUUGAGUGUGCAGGUUCAAGCCGAAUUGACUGAGACAGUGGUCAAUGGUCAGCGCAAUGCUGUGUACACUGUCACGGCCGGCUUUGUCAGCAACCCCAAUGCCACGUACAGCCAGCUGUAUACAACGCAGGGUGCCUUUUUGGAGGGCGACUCUUCCUUCACGGCUUUGAGGGCCAGCAUUCUGGCGCUGAAUAUCGAAACAAUCGUGGAUGUCGUCCUGUCAGAUGAUAGCCCUGAUGCCGUGCUCUUCUCUACGCGACCUCUAAUGGAAGAUGCAGAGGUGAUGCAAAUUCUCUUGACCAACACGGCUCUCUUUGAUUUGGGCAAUCCAGAAUGCUCAUGCUCUUGUUUUGGCUUGGCCUGGGAUCUGAUAGAUGGCGGGAUAGAUGAGGACCAGGGAACUACCUACGAUGAUGCUGACGCUGGUGGGGACGGCGACUAUCAGGACGUGCAUCAAGAAGCUUGGGAGCAAGCCAAUGAUGAGGAUUUGCAGGCCGACGGCAUGUACUCGGACAUGUUCAAUGAGCCAGAUAUGGCAGAAGAUGACGAGAUUGAAGAUGAGAGCGGCUAUUUGGAUGUGGGGGCGGACGCGCAGGACCUUGAGGGCGUCGAGCAGCCGGGAUUUGGAUUUGAUGCCUUUGACCCGAAUGAGGGUUUUGAUCAGAAUGGAUUUGACGACUCCUACUUUGAGGCCAAUGACCUUGAUCAAAGCGGUAACGCCGAUGAGUAUCUCGAAGCCGAUGGCUUCGAACAGGAGGACGCUGCUUUUGACGAUGAGUGUGACGGCGUGCACUCCUCCAGCUCUGAAUUCCCCUUGGUUGGUUGGCAUCAUGGUGCGGGCAAUUUCCUCCUGCACCACCACCGUGCACCAAGCCCACAAGCAGCUGGAUCAAUUUUCCACGCCUCUGACAUCGCCGCCCCCCACCUCCAACGUUGGGCGGGCCGCCAAGGCGCCGCCCUCAAUCUGACACGUCUUCUUCGCACCUCCAGUGCCGAGCCCCCACGCCAUUCUCUGUCGCCCCUUCCAGACAUUGUAUUCAACUGGAGGGAAUCCUCUUCCACGAUCGAGGCAGACCUUGCGGCGCUCGUGUCUGUGUGUUCGCGCUGUGGCGGCCAACACAGCACGGAUCUCUGUCUCUGCGAGUUGAUCCAAACGCUACAGCAGCAAGACGCCGAUUUGAACCCGGCCGAGUUUAGCCAGGACACACAGGCUCAGCUGUGGAAUGCGUGCAGCUUUUGUGAUCCGCCCGCCUUUGCCACGCCUGGUCUUUUUGAGCCCUUGAAGCCCUACCAGACGGUCACGAUGCACCAGAAUACCACCCCCUCCCUCUCUGUGUCUUCGGAAGCCCACACGACUGUGGGUAUGCUAUCAACCGACUCUCUGAAUCGCCAUCGCAACUUCAACAUGUCGUCGCCGCCGCCGCCAUGUCAACAGCCAGCCGCUGCCGUCGCCACGCCCAUGCGCGAGGCCCGCCCUCUCACGACUCCCCACGAGAUGACUGUACAUGAUGGCACCUCCAAGGCUCUGGCGCUGUGCCCAAGUGCCCAAGAGGAUUUGAGCCAGAUGUCGCUGGACAUGUCGUGUGCCUUUGGAUCCUUGGACGACAUUUUCAAUGAUUCCGAGCCCAGUGCAGGCUCAGUGUGCAGCCCCGAGCCACCGCUGGAAAGCUUUGAACCAGCCCAAAGCUUGAUGACAUACUCAGAUGAAGAAAUAGCAUCGUUAUCACUCCAGGAUUUCCGCCGACUGCUCGAACAUGAGACUUCUGAGCAACAAGCAGAGCUUCGCAAACGCCGGCGCCGAACUCAGAAUCGCUCAGCAGCCAAAACCUCAGCCCUGCGUCGGAAAACAAAUUCCCUCUCCACCCAUGCCAAGCUGGCCAAGUUCGAAGAGGAAAACCGGUCCUUGCAACAGCAGCUGAGUUUGGCGCGGCAGGAAAAGGAGGACUUGCUUCUGGCAAAUCGAAUCCUUCGCGCUGAGAUCGCGUCACGCAGGAACGACACCACUGGCACCGGCUGGAUUGCAUGAGAUGGCACAACGAAACAACAAAAAAAAUGUCGCUGUCUGUGGAUGUAAGGUGGCGGCAGCUCUCUGGUGUCUGCAGCGGGAUGUGCACCAAGUGAAUGGGCCCAUUAGGGCCCGUGACUGGUGCUGUUUCUGCUGGUGUUGCUUUAUAGUGAUACCAGGAUGAUAAGAGUUUGAUAAUC